CUACUAAAAACAAACCAGAGAAGAAGAACCACUUGGACAAACUGUCUGUGAGACGAAGCUAACUAGCUGCUCUGCUAAUGUAAACAACAUCCAGCAGCAGGAGACGAGGAGCUGCAGCGACGACACAACCCGAUAGACCUUUAGACACUGCGAAUGAGAGUUCUUUCUAACUUUGGUGAAGGAUGAUGAGCCAGCGGCGUGGGAUCCAUCUGGACCAAUCAGAGCUGCUUUGCAAAAAAGGAUGUGGUUUUUAUGGCAACACUGGCUGGCAGGGCUUGUGCUCGAAGUGCUGGCGAGAAGAACAUCAGCGAGAAAAGCAAAAACAGAUUCAAGAAGACUGGGCACUUGCUGAGAGGCUUCAGAGAGAGGAAGAGGAAGCAUAUGCAAGCAGAACUCAGAAGGCCCAAUCACAGCCUUCCAUCACACCCUUCAGCAAGUUUGAGGAAAGAAAAACGAAGGAAAAGUCCAGCAAAGUUAACACAGUCACAAAGUUUUUUACUCCUUCCACAAAAACACCACCAAAAAAAGAUGCACCUUUUGACUCUCACUCCAGCCCGAGCCCCAGCUCCUCUACAAGCCGGCGUUCCUCUGUGGACAGUGACCAUGCGACACGGGAGUUCAUUGACUUUCUCAAGCCUCUGAAGUUUGGCAGAGAGAUCUUCAAACAGUGCCGGGCCUUUACUGAGAGCAUGGUCUAUAAGCGGGACAUGGCUGCCGAUGAGCUGUCAGAGUGUGUGCAGGACUUCUACCAGAAUCUCUCAGACCGCCUCCACACCCAGUUCAAAGGUUCAUCAGAUCAAGUAGAGAGCGUUAUGGAUGAAGUAGAGAAGUACAUGAUGACUCGUCUCUACAAGGAAGUCUUCUGUCCUGAGACCACAGACGAUGAGAAGAAAGACCUGGCCAUUCAGAAAAGAAUCAGAGCCUUGCAUUGGGUCACCAUUGAAAUGCUGUGUGUUCCUGUAGAUGAGGAGAUCGCUGAGGUGUCAGACAGUGUAGUCAAAGCCAUCACAGAUGUGAUUGAAAUGGAUUCAAAGUGCGUUCCCAAGGAGAAGCUGAGGUGCAUCACUCGUUGCAGCAAGCACAUCUUCAAAGCCAUCAAAAUCAGCAAGAAAGAGGCUGCGUCUGCCGAUGACUUCCUCCCCACGCUCAUCUACAUCGUGCUGAAAGCAAACCCUCCGCGACUGCAGUCCAACAUCCAGUAUAUCACCCGCUUCAGCAACCCCAGCAGACUCAUGACUGGAGAGGAUGGUUACUACUUCACUAAUCUGUGCUGUGCGGUGGCUUUCAUUGAGAAGCUGGACGGCCAGUCUCUGAACCUAAGCUCUGAGGAGUUUGAGCUCUACAUGUCGGGCCAGGCAUCCCCCAACUGGCCACAGUCCACUGGAGCUUCUUCCUCCUCCCCAGGCAGCGCGGCUCUCAGUCAGGUCCACAAACGGUUGGACCUGCUAACAGGGCUCGGGGAAAGGCAGGAGCUGGUCAUGGAGAAGGCGCGCCAGCUGGAGAACGACCUCAUCGACUGGACGGACGAAGUGGAGCAGAAGGUGCAGAGCGUUCUGGAGAGCUUUCCACCUGAGACACAAAACCCUACUGCAACCACAGCUGGUGAGACAGCUUCUGCAGCAGCAGCAUCAUCAGCAAUCGACUCUGAUAACGUUGAGAACGAGCACCUGCCCCCACCUCUUCAACCGCAAGUGUUCGCUGGUUGAUGUGAAGAGCGCUGCUCAAAAAUGAAAUCCCCUAGAGGCUUUACUCCACCCUCCCCCUUUUCCCCCGCUGUUAAACGUUGCUGUCCGUACGCACAUACAGCAGCCAUCUGAUAUGGAUCCCAUUUCCACUCCGACCAUCUCUGUUCCAUCCAUCCAUAGUCCAAGAGGCCCUGAAGUUACACUGAACAGUAACAUAACUAUUGAAUUAAAGGAAUAGUUUGGCAUUUUGGGAAGCACACUUAUUCACUUUCUUGUAGAGAAUUAGAUGAGAAGAUCAAUAAUAGCUCAUGUCUGUACGGUAAAUAUGAAGCUUAAUGCAAAGGAGCAGACCGACUCCACUCCAAGUUCUUCCCGAACACAUCUGUUGGUCACUCCACAAUGGCAUCUUCAGUACCUCAGUUCUUUUUCAUCCUUGUCAUUGUAGUUACUGUUGUGCAGACGGGAUAAACGGUUGGAUGUGAUUUUCUAAACAUGUAUUCGUCAUUAUUCCCAGCCUUUCAGACAAGGUUUUUGUUAUUGUUGUAAUGUCUCCAGGAGUAAAUUGACAAGUGGAGGCUCAAAUAGACACGCAGAACCUUACUGCCCAAAUAACAUCUAAUAACCUAACACGAAUUUUCAGUCAGAUAUGUUUUUGGCAAAGGAAAUGGAGAAUUCUGGAUAAUGCAAAACUAAACUUCCCCUCUCUAAAAUACCCUUCCAGCUCGUGAUCUGUGCUGUGUUGUAUUUUGCUGUCCUGCAGAGAAAUAUCCGGAGAGAAAGAGAUGUGCGUGUGUGGCGGUUGUGCAUGCGGUCAAGUGCGAGUGAAUGCGAGCGCGUGUUGCAUGGACAUGUUCCGUUAAGUCAUAAGAGUCCUCCCAGUUGUGUGUGUGUGUGGACAUUGUGGUCUUUUUUUCCAUGCCAGACCUCUCACUCCAGUCAUAAGCUGGAUGUACAGAAGUGAUUUUAUUUUUCUAUAGAGUGGCAGGUAUCAAUUCUUGUGGAUGCAAUAGGAGACAUCAAUCCUGUAAUAUUUACAGUAGUAUUCUCGUUUAAAGAACAUUGCUUGAAGACAUGUUACAUGAAUUCUGCUGAUCGAGUAGUAACGUUUUCAUCUAUUCAUUUAUAUUCUCAAGAGGGUGUCAUAAGCAUGUCCCAUCAAAAAAAAAAAAGUUAUUUGUUUGGGUUUUUUGCUCUGUCAGAGCUGUUGGAUUAAGUAGAUAAGAAGUCAAAGAGGAUGCUGUUUCCUGUAAACACAAGUCAUAAAAAAAUUGUUCCUAAGGCCGGUUGCUUUACUAACCAAUUUAAUUUAUUUUUAAGCACUUUUCUUCUGUUUGAUUUUUAAUGCUCUGAAUUUAGAAGUACAUUUAAUUAGGGCUGACCCAAAAUGCUUCGAAGCUUCGACCGUUGCCAUGGUAAUCGACCUCCAAAUUAGUAUUUGAAUGCUUCGUUGUUGUUGUUUUUUAAAUAUAUAUAAAUAUAUAAGUAUGUAAUAAUAAUAAAUCCCCAAAUAGCCCAUGAAAUAAGGAAUAAUCCACAAUAUUAUUCAUAUUCAACAUAAUUACUGUACUGUAAUAGUAACUGUAACAGCACUGUCCCGUAGCUUAGAAUACAAUCCAAUAUUUCUCACCGAAGCUUCGAAGCCCAAAAAAUGGUAUUUGGGACAGCCCUACCUUUAAUGAAGGAUGUGAUGGAUAUAUUCAGUUGAAAGGAUAAAGGAUAAUUGGUGAAUAAUACAGUGUUUUUCAACGGUGUCUUUGUAUUUGGCAGUCAUGUACUGAUUUGGAAGAAAUGUUUGGGAGUGUUGUUUGUUUUCCGUUGCUCAUGAGCUAAGACUACCUUAUUUUGCUAGAUUUGAAUCUGUUUGAUUUCAUUUGCAGCACGUAUAGUGUGCAGUUGCUGUCCAAUUUUAGUUUGAGAAAAAGACUUAAUGCAAACUUAAACAAUAGCUUGAAUAACUUCAUAUUGCACUGUAUGCAGAAGCCAUUUAUCAGGUAUUUUAAAGAAGUUUAAACAUCAUCUUUGUAACCUUAUAGGUUUGUUAUUGUAUCACAUGGGAGAAAGUAAUUCAAUACUGUCUUUUAUUUAAAUGUAACUUAUUAGGGCAGUAUUGGUUUAUUUUCCUCUGUGGGUGUGUGAUGAUGAUUAAUAAAAAUUGAAAAAAUGCA